AUGGAGACAGACGACUUUGAUAGCUUUGAGUUCAUUGACUACACAACUUCGGGACCAUGGGAGAGAUUCAUUGUCCAGAUUGAGAACUGCCUCAAGCACUGGGGACUUGUACACGGUAGCUACGGUGUCUUCAACCCCAGCGUCAUGCCCACGACCGAAGGCGCCAUAGACCUCGACCAGGAGCUUGCGCUGGCCCUCAGCGAGGAUCAACAGAACUCCGAUACUGUUGCCGAUCAGCCCGUGGGCGCAAGCAAAGCUCAGCCAAAGUCCCUCUCAAAAGUGUACCAGCACAGUGCGCCUAUCAACCUGGAGAAUACAUCCUAUAUUCUCUCGUACCAAUACCACCCAGCCAAGGCACGAAUCGCUGCUGGCGUCGAACGGAUAGACCUCGACUUUCUGGCAACAUCUCUUGAGAGACAGAACCAUCACAUCCUCCAUCGAUGGACGGGCUUAACACAUAUACUCGUCCUUUCACCUGCGUCGGAUGCCAUCUCAGUCAUCGUUGAUCUUGGAAGUGCGAAGCUGCUGCUAUCAUCGUUCGCCAUCGCCUUUCAAAACACUGGCUGCAAUAUUCCAGUGUUCGUACCCACAGGUCACCCUAAGAACAGGACUUAUACCGGGCUUUCCAUUCAACCGCAGCUUCCGCACGCCCGCGACUCAGAACUAGGACUGGAAGAGACUGCAGAGGACCAGGCGAUCGAGGUUCGGUUCAACACGGUAGUGGUUCCCUAUCCUCCGGCACAGUACACGAACCUUUCUGGUAUCUUGGAGCUGUUCAUUGAGCGAAUGGGUAUCGACGACGAGUUUUCAACUAGUGGGGAAGACCUUGACGGAUCGGGCGGCUAUAGUCAGGAGGUCAAGGAGCAGAUUCAUGUGUCCGGACUAUUCAGUUAUCAACUGAGCAGGUGGCCUGACAAUAACUGGCGGGAAUGGAGCGGUGCUACAGAAGCUGACUUGCAGUCAGCGGACGACUCUAGGGUAACUUCACCGACCCUACCGUUUGGGCCAGUCAAUGAUCCCUUAAAGUCUUUGCAGCUCGUGGCGAGAUUUGCAUCUGCGCCUAGUACGGUUUAUCUGGACAGCAAAAACUUGACAGAUAUGGACGCAAGUCGGGCCAAUAUUUGGCUCAUGAAGCCUCUCUUCAAAUCGGAUGACUAUGGGCUCUUGAGCGGGAUUCUCGAGGAUAUCAUUUCUUCCUGGAGCAUGGAGAUAUCAAGCAAUUCUGAGGCAGGCGACAAGGAUCGUUCCUCAGACAGAGAUCAGCGCUCCUACUCGUCUCUACUACGCAAAGGCGCCCGGCUCAUCCAAGGAUCUAUCGCCAUGGUGGAUGCUGUGGAUGUCGAGAAUAUUGUCCAGGCAUUGUUUACUGCAGGAUCACCACUUUCUGCACCGCCAUCGACAACAUCGAAGCGGAAAGACCAACGCCGGGGAUCUGGACCGUGCGUUGACCGAGUCGUCUCCGCUGCAGAAUUGGGCCUUCAUUUUCGCCAUGCGACCACUGUUCCGUGCGGCUCAUUUCUCUGGAAGAUGCUACAACAUCUCAUCGACGUGGUCGCUCCCAAUUCACAUGUCUCCUAUCCAAUAUCGUUCAUGAGAUUUCUCAAGGCUGCAUGGACCGACCUCUUGAAGCAGUUCGCUGAACAUUGGGAGAAAAAGGAGAUGAUACCCUUGAUUCAGGUCUUACCAGAACCCGUCAUUGACCAGCGCGAAGGUGACCAAUCGGCGAUACUUGACGAGGAUCAAAGAAGUCGCAAAAUGGAGUCAAAAGUACCAGCGAUCGACUUGCGAUUCAACAUUUUGCACCAAAAGCUCUCGAUGCUCAAUUGCUGUAUCGCACGGGAAAACGCCGAACGUCAGGAAGGUGUUUCCGACUCGAGCCCGGCUGCGGAUAUCUCUUCUUCCAUGUUUUCAGCAAUUUCAUCACCGACUUCAUCUAAGUCAACCAUAAAUACAGCACCCAACCCUGCCUUGUUGGUUGAAGUGCCUUCGGGACCUGUCACAAAUACAGGUACCAGUGUGGACGCUAAGAGCGACAGCAGUAAACAGGACUAUAACAUCACUCAAGCGAGCACGCUCUCAAAAGAAGCUGUUGACGAACCCGGGCAUUCAGUGGAUGAUUUGGCCGAAGUGACGCAAAACUUGAUGGACCAUAAGACAGGGACCUUCCUAGAGCCAGUCAAAGAUAUGAACUCAUCCCAAAGCACCGGUCCACAGAGUGAGGCAUUCAAAGGUUUGGUCCUCUUGGAGACGGGCGCGCCCCUGGUGGUACCAAGGCUCCAGGACGCUGGAUAUAUGACGGAAGAUAUGAUUCAGGAACAAGAGGAAAUAUUUGAGAGCCUGGGAUCCUCCACGGACGCUGCCAAAACAAGGGCGCAGAUGCAAUCUGCACAGCUCAGUUCAGAUAUGAGCGCAUUCAAGGCCGCCAAUCCUGGCUGCGUACUUGGCGACUUUAUCCGCUGGCAUUCGCCAAAAGAUUGGGACGAUGAAAAGCAACAGAUGAGUACUCGCAUGGCAGACAGUGGCAAUUUCUGGCAGAAGCUCUGGGAGAAAUCGGAACCUCUUCCUGCGAGACAGCAGAAGCCUCUAUUUGAUCAUCACCAAGAGGCGACCAAGGUGCUGGCCUACCUUAAUUCACUCACCACAUGUCAGGUCUUUGUCCACUUGCUUCCGACAGUGUUCCUGCUCGCCUACGACACGCUAGUCUCUCAUCCAGUAUCAAGGGUGAGCCAGACGGUGGCGAAGGCACUUCAAGGGCUCGCACAAGAUCUGACAGAUUUCCCUUGGAACGAACUGUCUCUCUCUGAGAAGGACUUGGACCUUAAGCCCAUUAUCGCAAAAUUCAAGGCGGCAGAGUUGGUCAUGGGACACUUUAUUACCCUAGAGCAAAAGCUCUCUGAGCAAUACGGCUUGGUGGAGAGGAUCUUGGAGGAGACCGAAUCGGUGGUUGAAGAUGGCUCUGAGCGUGAUUGCGUCUACAAACUGUUCUCGGUUGGAGGGUCCGGUCAGUCAAAUUUUCCAAAGCCGACCUGUCGCGAAUUUGUGAUCGAGACGUUCGAUCCAUCAUGGGCUUCAUCUUCAGGAUCGGGAGUUCCAACGUUUGUAUCGUCGGGAGACAUGACGGGAUGGCAUACUCGGCCGCUGCAGCGACGGAUGUAUGCGUGCUUCAAGGACUCGGAGGUGCGGAUCGUCGAAGCCAUUGCAAAGGAUGGCAUGUUUAUGUAG